AUGGCUAACGAGUGGCUGCUAUGGCUGGCCCUGUCUGCCAUCGUAGCUUCUUGGCACAGCGAGGCAACUGCUGUGAACAAGUUCUCCUUUAUGUCCCAGAUUCCUGAAAAAACAACAGGUGUGAGUCCUGUCCACAAUGGACAGGUUUGCAGUACGUGGGGCAACUUCCACUACAAGACCUUUGAUGGGGAUGUUUUCCAGCUCCACUCCGACUGCAACUAUGUCUUGACCUCUUUGUGCAAGAGUAGUUACAAUGACUUCAACAUCCAGAUAAGAAGACAGGAUGCUGGCGGCCAUACUCCCAUCAACAACAUCGUUAUGAAACUGGACGGUACUGUGGUGGAGCUCUCCAAAGGCUCAGUGGUCAUUGAUGACAAACCAGUCAUCCUACCAUUCAGUCAAGCAGGAGUGCUCAUCCAGGAAACUCCCACCUACAUCAAAAUCACAGCAAAGCUGGGAUUGGUUGCUAUCUGGAAUAAAGAGGAUUCUUUUCUGGUGGAGAUAGACCAGAAGUACAGGAACCAAACCUGUGGUCUCUGCGGAGACUUUAAUGGCAUCCAGCUCUACAAUGAGUUCUACAGCCAUGGUGUGAAAAUAGCUCCCAUGGAUUUUGCUAACUUCUGGAAAAUGGAUGGACCAACUGAAAGCUGUUCUGACUUCACACUGGAAUCAACAGAAGGCUGCAAUAACAUGAAACCUGUGUGUGAGGAUAUCCUCACAGGGGUCGCCUUUAACAGCUGUCACAGCCUGCUGGAUGUUGCCUCUUUCACCUCGGCCUGUGUUGCAGACCUCUGCCACUGUAUGAAGGAUAAAGAUGAACAGGCAGAUGCCUCCUGCCUGUGCAACACUUUGUCUGAAUUCUCUAGACAGUGCGUCCAUGCUGGUGGCAAGCCCCAGAAUUGGAGGAACAAAGCACUAUGCUGGAAAUCGUGCCCCUACAAUAUGGAGUACAAAGAGUGUGGGAGCCCCUGUUCUGACACCUGCUCCAACCCUGAAGCCAGCCACACCUGUGAAGACCACUGUAUCGAUGGAUGCUUCUGCCCUGCAGGAAUGGUUCUGGAUGAUUUGAAUGGAAAGGGCUGUGUUCCACUGAGCAAGUGCUCCUGCCGCUACAACAGCAAGAUCUAUGGACCCGGAGAGUCCUACUCUAGUAACUGCAAAAAAUGUGUGUGUCAGAGUGGCCAAUGGAAAUGUACAGAGGAGAACUGUCCAGGAACCUGCUCUGUGGAGGGAGGAGCCCACAUCAACACAUUCGAUGGGAAAGUCUAUACCUUCCAUGGGGACUGCUCUUAUGUUAUGGCUAAGGACUGCAGUGGAACCCAGUUUGUCGUACAGGGAGAACUUGUGCAGUGUGGACUGACCGAUAGUGAAACCUGCCUAAAGUCUGUUACCUUGGCUUUGUCUGGAGGGGCUAAUGUGAUCACCAUCCAGCACAAUGGCAAGGUUUUUGUGAAUGGCAUCUAUGCUCAGUUACCCUUUUCAGCCGCUGGGAUCACCGCCAUCAGAGCAUCUUCUUUCUACCUUCUGGUCCAGACAUCUGUUGGUGUUUUGUUGGAGGUGCAGCUGCAGCCAGUCAUGCAGCUUUACAUGACAGUGACCAGUGACUACCUGGCCAAAACCUGUGGACUGUGUGGGAACUUCAAUGGUAACCAGGCUGAUGACUUUCUUAAGCUGAGUGGUGUUCCAGAUGCCACAGCAGCUGGUUUUGCCAAUGGCUGGAAGACACAUGCUGGCUGCCCUGAUGUUAAGAGAAACUUUGAGAACCCCUGCAGUCUGAGUCUGGAUAACGAGAAGUACGCCCAGCACUGGUGCUCCAUGUUGAGUGACCCUCAGGGAGUGUUUGCCUCCUGCCACUCAGAGAUCAGCCCUGACACUUACAAAGAGAACUGCAUGUAUGACAGCUGUAACUGUGAGAAAAGUGAGGACUGCAUGUGUGCUGCAGUCUCUUCAUAUGUCCAUGCCUGUACAGCUGCAGGGAUCCAGAUCAGUGGCUGGAGGAAGACCAUCUGUGGAAAGUAUGCCAGUUCUUGCCCCAGAGGCAUGGUCUACUCCUAUAACAUUACAUCCAGCAGUCGCACCUGCCGCUGCAUGAGCACUACAGAUGCCAGCUGUCACAUCUCCUUCCCACCCAUCGAUGGCUGUGUUUGUGCAGAAGGAAGCUACCUAGAUGACUCUGGGAACUGUGUCCCAUCUCAUACUUGUCCCUGUUAUGACAGAGGAGCAGUUGUGCCUCCUGGACAAGUCGUCAACAAGGAUGGGGUCAUGUGCACUUGUAAGGAAGGCAAACUAAGCUGCAUUGGAGAGUUCAUUACACAGCCAGCAGCCUGUGCUCCUCCCAUGGAGUUCUUCAACUGCUCUGCUAGUGGGCCAGCUGCAAAAGGAACUGAGUGCGAGAAGAGCUGCAACACAUUAGACAUGGCUUGUGUAAGCACAGGGUGCAUCUCAGGCUGUAUGUGUCCAUCUGGGAUGGUAUCUGAUGGUAAAGGAGGCUGUAUCAAGCCAGAGUCCUGUUCCUGUGUUCACAACAGUAUUUCCUACCAGCCCGGAGAGACCACCAAGGUGGACUGCAACACCUGCACUUGUAAAAACAGGAAGUGGCAGUGCACUACCAACCAGUGUGAUGGAACCUGCUCUAUAUAUGGUGAUGGUCACUACAUGACUUUUGAUCAGAAGCGCUUCACCUUUGAUGGCGACUGUGAAUACAUCCUCAUUGAGGACUACUGUGGCAGUGCUGAGAGUAAUGGAUCAUUCAGAGUGAUCACUGAGAAUGUUCCAUGUGGAACCACAGGAACUACCUGCUCUAAGACCAUCAAGGUCUUUCUGGGGAGCACAGAACUGAUUCUAACAGAGGGAAACUACCAGCUGCUUUCAAAAGAAAAUGAAGAAGCAGUUCCAUUCCGCUACAGUACUGUGGGCAUCUACCUGGUAGUUGAGGCCAACAAUGGCCUCAUUCUUAUUUGGGACAGGAAAACAACCUUGUUCAUCAAGCUCAGCCCAAAAUAUAAGAGUCGGGUGUGUGGGCUGUGUGGCAACUAUGACAACAAUGCAAAUAAUGACUUCACUACAAGGUGCCAUGCUGUGGUGGUCAAUCCUAUUGCGUUUGGGAAUAGCUGGAAGAAUUCACCAAGCUGCCCCGAUGCUCAGGGCAUUACCGCCCCCUGCACAGCUAACCCAUAUAGGCACUCGUGGGCCCAAAAAAAGUGUAGCAUCAUACAGAGUGAUGUCUUUUCUGCCUGCCACUCCAUUGUGGAUCCUGCUCCAUACUAUGACGCAUGUGUGUUUGAUUCCUGUGCUUGUGACACUGGUGGAGACUGUGAGUGUUUCUGCACUGCUGUGGCAGCUUAUGCUGAAUCCUGUAAUCAAGCUGGCAUCUGUAUACGAUGGAGAACCCCAAAGAUCUGCCCUCUAUUCUGUGAUUACUACAAUCCCCCUGGUGAAUGUGAGUGGCACUACAUGCCAUGUGGAUUUCCUUGUAUGAAAACUUGCAGGAACCCCUCAGGCAACUGCUCUCCACAGAUACCUCCUCUUGAAGGUUGCUAUCCAAAAUGCCCUCCUGCUCAGCCAUACUUCAAUGAAGAUACAAUGACAUGUGUUUUGAAAGAACACUGUGGCUGCUACGAUAAAGAGGGGAGACAUUUCAAUGAUGGUGACACAGUGCCAACAACUGAAAACUGUCAUACGUGUACAUGCAGUGCAAUGACCAUCCAAUGUCACUAUGAUGCCAAAGUCUGUACUUGUACAUAUAAUGGAAACAAAUAUCACCCUGGCAGUACCAUCUAUAACACAACAGAUGGACAUGGUAACUGUAUCACAGCAAUCUGUGGGAAUAAUGGUACCAUUGACAAGGGGUCAUACCCAUGCCCGAAACCUACAUUGACAACUACUAUGUCCACUGCAACCACUACUUCAACCAGCCAGUCUCCAACCACGUUUGUUUUUACAUCAACUACACCAGAUAUAGUCACAGGCGCACCAAAGUCUACUCCAUCAACUAAACCAGUACACAUUAAAACAACAACUGAAACACCCACAACAACUACUCCACCAAGUACAUCUUCUACCACAACUGAAUCACCUACAACUCAGACACCUAAAACAAGUGGUCCAUCUACUACACCCUCUACCACAACUGCAACAACACAAAGUCCUACUGUAACACCUUGUCAGGAAACUUUAUGCUAUUGGUCAAAGUGGAUAAGUUCAGACUACCCCGAAUUUGGUCCUGGAAAUGGAGACAAUGAAACUAUCAAACACAUUAUACAGAAAGGAUAUAAGAUCUGUGAAAAUCCAGUGGCGGUGGAGUGUCAAGCUGUACACUAUCCAGGUCUUCCACUAAAAGACUUAGGACAAACUGUAACAUGUAAUGACAAAGGACUUCUGUGUAAGAACAGCUUGCAAUCUCCACCAAUAUGUUUGAAUUAUGAAAUAAAGGUUAAGUGUUGCGAAACAGUGCAGUGCAGCACAACCCUAAGUACUACAACUUUACCACCAUCAUCUUCUACAGCUAAUCCCAAUAAACCCACUACACCAACUAAAGAACCAUCUACAACUCAGACAGCUACUACAACUUCUCCACCAACUUCUCCUUCUGCCACAACUGAAACAAUGACAACUCUGACACCUACAACAACUACUCCGACCACUACACCGUCUUCCACCACUGAGACAACUACAACAUGUCCUGGGGGACAUGAAAUGAUGUGUAGCUGGUCAGACUGGAUAAAUCUGGGCAAACCCACAGCAGGCCCUAAUGGUGGAGAAGAUGAAUCCAUCCAGAAUAUCAUCUCCGCUGGUUAUCGUGUAUGUUCAACACCGGAAGAAGUCCAGUGUCGAGCUGUUCCUUACCCAGGUGUUCCCUUGUCACAGUUGGGACAAGUUGUGACAUGCAAUAAACAUGCAGGUCUCAUAUGCAACAACAAACAACAAGGGCUUCAGCAGCAGUGUUUCGACUACGAGAUUAAAUUUAAAUGCUGCAGCUGUACUCCUUCUACUGCAAUUACAACUACAACACCUUCUACCACAACUGAGACAACAACUCAAACUCAGACACCUACAUCUACUCAAACCAUUCCAACCCCUAACACAACUAAAAAAACAACUACAACUCAAACACCUGACACAACUACUCAACCGACUACACCUUCUACCACAACUGAAACAACUACAACUCAGACACCUAAAACAAGUGGUCCAUCUACUACACCCACUACCACAACUGCAACAACAAAAAGUCCUACUGUAACACCUUGUCAGGAAACUUUAUGCUAUUGGUCAAAGUGGAUAAGUUCAGACUACCCCGAAUUUGGUCCUGGAAAUGGAGACAAUGAAACUAUCAAACACAUUAUACAGAAAGGAUAUAAGAUCUGUGAAAAUCCAGUGGCGGUGGAGUGUCAAGCUGUACACUAUCCAGGUCUUCCACUAAAAGACUUAGGACAAACUGUAACAUGUAAUGACAAAGGACUUCUGUGUAAGAACAGCUUGCAAUCUCCACCAAUAUGUUUGAAUUAUGAAAUAAAGGUUAAGUGUUGCGAAACAGUGCAGUGCAGCACAACCCCAAGUACUACAACUUUACCACCAUCAUCUUCUACAGCUAAUCCCAAUAAACCCACUACACCAACUAAAGAACCAUCUACAACUCAGACAGCUACGACAACUUCUCCACCAACUUCUCCUUCUGCCACAACUGAAACAAUGACAACUCUGACACCUACAACAACUACUCCGACCACUACACCGUCUUCCACCACUGAGACAACUACAACAUGUCCUGGGGGACAUGAAAUGAUGUGUAGCUGGUCAGACUGGAUAAAUCUGGGCAAACCCACAGCAGGCCCUAAUGGUGGAGAAGAUGAAUCCAUCCAGAAUAUCAUCUCCGCUGGUUACCAUGUAUGUUCAACACCGGAAGAAGUCCAGUGUCGAGCUGUUCGUUACCCAGAAGAGGUCCAGUGCAGAGCUGUUGCUUACCCAGGUCUUCCCUUGUCACAGGUGGGACAAGCUGUGACAUGCAAUAGGGAUGUAGGUCUCACAUGCAGCAACAAAGAACAAGGGCUUCAGCAGGAAUGUUUUGACUAUGAGAUUAAAUUUAAAUGCUGCAGCUGUCUAAAACCUUCAACUCCAUCUACUGCAAAUCCAACUGCAACACCUUCAACUACAACAUCCCAACCACAUAUUACCACAACUAUAACAACUAUAACUCUGACACCUACAACAACUACUCCGACCACUACACCGUCUUCCACCACUGAGACAACUACAACAUGUCCUGGGGGACAUGAAAUGAUGUGUAGCUGGUCAGACUGGAUAAAUCUGGGCAAACCCACAGCAGGCCCUAAUGGUGGAGAAGAUGAAUCCAUCCAGAAUAUCAUCUCCGCUGGUUAUCGUGUAUGUUCAACACCGGAAGAAGUCCAGUGUCGAGCUGUUCCUUACCCAGGUGUUCCCUUGUCACAGUUGGGACAAGUUGUGACAUGCAAUAAACAUGCAGGUCUCAUAUGCAACAACAAACAACAAGGGCUUCAGCAGCAGUGUUUCGACUACGAGAUUAAAUUUAAAUGCUGCAGCUGUACUCCUUCUACUGCAAUUACAACUACAACUACAACACUUUCAACUGCUAUAUCCACAACACCUUCUACCACAACUGAGACAACAACUCAAACUCAGACACCUACAUCUACUCAAACCAUUCCAACCCCUAACACAACUAAAAAAACAACUACAACUCAAACACCUGACACAACUACUCAACCGACUACACCUUCUACCACAACUGAAACAACUACAACUCAGACACCUAAAACAAGUGGUCCAUCUACUACACCCACUACCACAACUGCAACAACAAAAAGUCCUACUGUAACACCUUGUCAGGAUACUUUAUGCUAUUGGUCAAAGUGGAUAAGUUCAGACUACCCCGAAUUUGGUCCUGGAAAUGGAGACAAUGAAACUAUCAAACACAUUAUACAGAAAGGAUAUAAGAUCUGUGAAAAUCCAGUGGCGGUGGAGUGUCAAGCUGUACACUAUCCAGGUCUUCCACUAAAAGACUUAGGACAAACUGUAACAUGUAAUGACAAAGGACUUCUGUGUAAGAACAGCUUGCAAUCUCCACCAAUAUGUUUGAAUUAUGAAAUAAAGGUUAAGUGUUGCGAAACAGUGCAGUGCAGCACAACCCUAAGUACUACAACUUUACCACCAUCAUCUUCUACAGCUAAUCCUAAUAAACCCACUACACCAACUAAAGAACCAUCCACAACUCAGACAGCUACGACAACUUCUCCACCAACUUCUCCUUCUGCCACAACUGAAACAAUGACAACUCUGACACCUACAACAACUACUCCGACCACUACACCGUCUUCCACCACUGAGACAACUACAACAUGUCCUGGGGGACAUGAAAUGAUGUGUAGCUGGUCAGACUGGAUAAAUCUGGGCAAACCCACAGCAGGCCCUAAUGGUGGAGAAGAUGAAUCCAUCCAGAAUAUCAUCUCCGCUGGUUAUCGUGUAUGUUCAACACCGGAAGAAGUCCAGUGUCGAGCUGUUCCUUACCCAGGUAUUCCUUUGUCACAGUUGGGACAAGUUGUGACAUGCAAUAAACAUGCAGGUCUCAUAUGCAACAACAAACAACAAGGGCUUCAGCAGCAGUGUUUCGACUACAAGAUUAAAUUUAAAUGCUGCAGCUGUACUCCUUCUACUGCAAUUACAACUACAACACCUUCUACCACAACUGAGACAACAACUCAAACUCAGACACCUACAUCUACUCAAACCAUUCCAACCCCUAACACAACUAAAAAAACAACUACAACUCAAACACCUGACACAACUACUCAACCGACUACACCCUCUACCACAACUGAAACAACUACAACUCAGACACCUAAAACGAGUGGUCCAUCUACUACACCCUCUACCACAACUGAGAUAACAAGUAAAACUCAAUCGUCGACAACAACUACUACAGCCACUACAGCAUUUACUACAACUGAAAUAACAACCACUCAUGGGCCAGAUACAACGACUAUUUGCCCAGGGGGACAAGAUAUGACAUGUGGUUGGUCAGACUGGAUAAAUCUGGGCAAACCCACAGCAGGCCCUAAUGGUGGAGAAGAUGAAUCCAUCCAGAAUAUCAUCUCCGCUGGUUAUCAUGUAUGUUCAACACCGGAAGAAGUCCAGUGUCGAGCUGUUCCUUACCCAGGUGUUCCCUUGUCACAGUUGGGACAAGUUGUGACAUGCAAUAAACAUGCAGGUCUCAUAUGCAACAACAAACAACAAGGGCUUCAGCAGCAGUGUUUCGACUACGAGAUUAAAUUUAAAUGCUGCAGCUGUACUCCUUCUACUGCAAUUACAACUACAACACCUUCUACCACAACUGAGACAACAACUCAAACUCAGACACCUACAUCUACUCAAACCAUUCCAACCCCUAACACAACUAAAAAAACAACUACAACUCAAACACCUGACACAACUACUCAACCGACUACACCUUCUACCACAACUGAAACAACUACAACUCAGACACCUAAAACAAGUGGUCCAUCUACUACACCCUCUACCACAACUGAGAUAACAAGUCUCAUAUGCAACAACAAACAACAAGGGCUUCAGCAGCAGUGUUUCGACUACGAGAUUAAAUUUAAAUGCUGCAGCUGUACUCCUUCUACUGCAAUUACAACUACAACACCUUCUACCACAACUGAGACAACAACUCAAACUCAGACACCUACAUCUACUCAAACCAUUCCAACCCCUAACACAACUAAAAAAACAACUACAACUCAAACACCUGACACAACUACUCAACCGACUACACCUUCUACCACAACUGAAACAACUACAACUCAGACACCUAAAACAAGUGGUCCAUCUACUACACCCUCUACCACAACUGAGAUAACAAGUACAACGACUAUUUGCCCAGGGGGACAAGAUAUGACAUGUGGUUGGUCAGACUGGAUAAAUCUGGGCAAACCCACUCCAGGCCCUAAUGGUGGAGAAGAUGAAUCCAUCCAGAAUAUCAUCUCCGCUGGUUAUCGUGUAUGUUCAACACUGGAAGAAGUCCAGUGUCGAGCUGUUCUUUUCCCAGGUGUUCCCUUGUCACAGUUGGGACAAGUUGUGACAUGCAAUAAACAUGCAGGUCUCAUAUGCAUCAACAAACAACAAGGGCUUCAGCAGCAGUGUUUCGACUACGAGAUUAAAUUUAAAUGCUGCAGCUGUACUCCUUCUACUGCAGUUCCAACUACAACACCUUCUACCACAACUGAGACAACAACUCAAACUCAGACACCUACAUCUACUCAAACCAUUCCAACCCCUAACACAACUAAAAAAACAACUACAACUCAAACACCUGACACAACUACUCAACCGACUACACCCUCUACCACAACUGAAACAACUACAACUCAGACACCUAAAACGAGUGGUCCAUCUACUACACCCUCUACCACAACUGAGAUAACAAGUAAAACUCAAUCGUCGACAACAACUACUACAGCCACUACAGCAUUUACUACAACUGAAAUAACAACCACUCAUGGGCCAGAUACAACGACUAUUUGCCCAGGGGGACAAGAUAUGACAUGUGGUUGGUCAGACUGGAUAAAUCUGGGCAAACCCACAGCAGGCCCUAAUGGUGGAGAAGAUGAAUCCAUCCAGAAUAUCAUCUCCGCUGGUUAUCGUGUAUGUUCAACACCGGAAGAAGUCCAGUGUCGAGCUGUUCCUUACCCAGGUGUUCCCUUGUCACAGUUGGGACAAGUUGUGACAUGCAAUAAACAUGCAGGUCUCAUAUGCAACAACAAACAACAAGGGCUUCAGCAGCAGUGUUUCGACUACGAGAUUAAAUUUAAAUGCUGCAGCUGUACUCCUUCUACUGCAAUUACAACUACAACACCUUCUACCACAACUGAGACAACAACUCAAACUCAGACACCUACAUCUACUCAAACCAUUCCAACCCCUAACACAACUAAAAAAACAACUACAACUCAAACACCUGACACAACUACUCAACCGACUACACCUUCUACCACAACUGAAACAACUACAACUCAGACACCUAAAACAAGUGGUCCAUCUACUACACCCUCUACCACAACUGAGAUAACAAGUAAAUCUCAAUCGUCGACAACAACUACUACAGCCACUACAGCAUUUACUACAACUGAAAUAACAACCACUCAUGGGCCAGGUACAACGACUAUGUGCCCAGGGGGACAAGAUAUGACAUGUGGUUGGUCAGACUGGAUAAAUCUUGGCAAACCCACUCCAGGGCCUAAUGGUGGAGAAGAUGAAUCCAUCCGGAAUAUCAUUUCUGCUGGUUAUCAUGUUUGUUCAAAACCAGAAGAGGUCCAGUGCAGAGCUGUUGCUUACCCAGGUGUUCCCUUGUCACAGGUGGGACAAGCUGUGACAUGCAAUAGGGAUGUAGGUCUCAUAUGCAGCAACAAAGAACAAGGGCUUCAGCAGGAAUGUUUUGACUAUGAGAUUAAAUUUAAAUGCUGCAGCUGUCCAACACCUUCAACUCCAUCUACUGCAAAUCCAACUGCAACACCUUCAACUACAACAUCCCAACCACAUACUACCACAACUAUAACAACUACAACUCUGACACCUACAACAACUACUCCGACCACUACACCGUCUUCCACCACUGAGACAACUACAACAUGUCCUGGGGGACAUGAAAUGAUGUGUAGCUGGUCAGACUGGAUAAAUCUGGGCAAACCCACAGCAGGCCCUGAUGGUGGAGAAGAUGAAUCCAUCAAGAAUAUCAUCUCCGCUGGUUAUCGUGUAUGUUCAACACCGGAAGAAGUCCAGUGUCGAGCUGUUCCAUACCCAGGUGUUCCCUUGUCACAGUUGGGACAAGUUGUGACAUGCAAUAAAGAUGCAGGUCUCAUAUGCAACAACAAACAACAAGGGCUUCAGCAGCAGUGUUUCGACUACGAGAUUAAAUUUAAAUGCUGCAGCUGUUCUCCUUCUACUGCAAUUACAACUACAACACUUUCAACUGCUAUAUCCACAACACCUUCUACCACAACUGAGACAACUACUCAAACUCAGACACCUACAUCUACUCAAACCAUUCCAACCCCUAACACAACUAAAAAAACAACUACAACUCAAACACCUGACACAACUACUCAACCGACUACACCCUCUACCACAACUGAAACAACUACAACUCAGACACCUAAAACGAGUGGUCCAUCUACUACACCCUCUACCACAACUGAGAUAACAAAAGAGGUCCAGUGCAGAGCUGUUGCUUACCCAGGUGUUCCCUUGUCACAGGUGGGACAAGCUGUGACAUGCAAUAGGGAUGUAGGUCUCAUAUGCAGCAACAAAGAACAAGGGCUUCAGCAGGAAUGUUUUGACUAUGAGAUUAAAUUUAAAUGCUGCAGCUGUCCAACACCUUCAACUCCAUCUACUGCAAAUCCAACUGCAACACCUUCAACUACAACAUCCCAACCACAUACUACCACAACUAUAACAACUACAACUCUGACACCUACAACAACUACUCCGACCACUACACCGUCUUCCACCACUGAGACAACUACAACAUGUCCUGGGGGACAUGAAAUGAUGUGUAGCUGGUCAGACUGGAUAAAUCUGGGCAAACCCACAGCAGGCCCUAAUGGUGGAGAAGAUGAAUCCAUCAAGAAUAUCAUCUCCGCUGGUUAUCGUGUAUGUUCAACACCGGAAGAAGUCCAGUGUCGAGCUGUUCCAUACCCAGGUGUUCCCUUGUCACAGUUGGGACAAGUUGUGACAUGCAAUAAAGAUGCAGGUCUCAUAUGCAACAACAAACAACAAGGGCUUCAGCAGCAGUGUUUCGACUACGAGAUUAAAUUUAAAUGCUGCAGCUGUUCUCCUUCUACUGCAAUUACAACUACAACACUUUCAACUGCUAUAUCCACAACACCUUCUACCACAACUGAGACAACUACUCAAACUCAGACACCUACAUCUACUCAAACCAUUCCAACCCCUAACACAACUAAAAAAACAACUACAACUCAAACACCUUACACAACUACUCAACCGACUACACCCUCUACUACAACUGAAACAACUACAACUCUGACACCUAAAACAAGUGGUCCAUCUACUACACCCUCUACCACAACUGAGAUAACAAGUAAAUCUCAAUCGUCGACAACAACUACUACAGCCACUACAGCAUUUACUACAACUGAAAUAACAACCACUCAUGGGCCAGGUACAACGACUAUGUGCCCAGGGGGACAAGAUAUGACAUGUGGUUGGUCAGACUGGAUAAAUCUGGGCAAACCCACUCCAGGGCCUAAUGGUGGAGAAGAUGAAUCCAUCCGGAAUAUCAUUUCUGCUGGUUAUCAUGUUUGUUCAAAACCAGAAGAGGUCCAGUGCAGAGCUGUUGCUUACCCAGGUGUUCCCUUGUCACAGGUGGGACAAGCUGUGACAUGCAAUAGGGAUGUAGGUCUCAUAUGCAGCAACAAAGAACAAGGGCUUCAGCAGGAAUGUUUUGACUAUGAGAUUAAAUUUAAAUGCUGCAGCUGUCAAACACCUUCAACUCCAUCUACUGCAAAUCCAACUGCAACACCUUCAACUACAACAUCCCAACCACAUACUACCACAACUAUAACAACUACAACUCUGACACCUACAACAACUACUCCGACCACUACACCGUCUUCCACCACUGAGACAACUACAACAUGUCCUGGGGGACAUGAAAUGAUGUGUAGCUGGUCAGACUGGAUAAAUCUGGGCAAACCCACAGCAGGCCCUAAUGGUGGAGAAGAUGAAUCCAUCAAGAAUAUCAUCUCCGCUGGUUAUCGUGUAUGUUCAACACCGGAAGAAGUCCAGUGUCGAGCUGUUCCUUACCCAGGUGUUCCCUUGUCACAGUUGGGACAAGUUGUGACAUGCAAUAAACAUGCAGGUCUCAUAUGCAACAACAAACAACAAGGGCUUCAGCAGCAGUGUUUCGACUACGAGAUUAAAUUUAAAUGCUGCAGCUGUACUCCUUCUACUGCAAUUACAACUACAACACUUUCAACUGCUAUAUCCACAACACCUUCUACCACAACUGAGACAACAACUCAAACUCAGACACCUACAUCUACUCAAACCAUUCCAACCCCUAACACAACUAAAAAAACAACUACAACUCAAACACCUGACACAACUACUCAACCGAAUACACCCUCUACUACAACUGAAACAACUACAACUCUGACACCUAAAACAAGUGGUCCAUCUACUACACCCUCUACCACAACUGAGAUAACAAGUAAAUCUCAAUCGUCGACAACAACUACUACAGCCACUACAGCAUUUACUACAACUGAAAUAACAACCACUCAUGGGCCAGGUACAACGACUAUGUGCCCAGGGGGACAAGAUAUGACAUGUGGUUGGUCAGACUGGAUAAAUCUUGGCAAACCCACUCCAGGGCCUAAUGGUGGAGAAGAUGAAUCCAUCCGGAAUAUCAUUUCUGCUGGUUAUCAUGUUUGUUCAAAACCAGAAGAGGUCCAGUGCAGAGCUGUUGCUUACCCAGGUGUUCCCUUGUCACAGGUGGGACAAGCUGUGACAUGCAAUAGGGAUGUAGGUCUCAUAUGCAGCAACAAAGAACAAGGGCUUCAGCAGGAAUGUUUUGACUAUGAGAUUAAAUUUAAAUGCUGCAGCUGUCAAACACCUUCAACUCCAUCUACUGCAAAUCCAACUGCAACACCUUCAACUACAACAUCCCAACCACAUACUACCACAACUAUAACAACUACAACUCUGACACCUACAACAACUACUCCGACCACUACACCGUCUUCCACCACUGAGACAACUACAACAUGUCCUGGGGGACAUGAAAUGAUGUGUAGCUGGUCAGACUGGAUAAAUCUGGGCAAACCCACAGCAGGCCCUAAUGGUGGAGAAGAUGAAUCCAUCAAGAAUAUCAUCUCCGCUGGUUAUCGUGUAUGUUCAACACCGGAAGAAGUCCAGUGUCGAGCUGUUCCUUACCCAGGUGUUCCCUUGUCACAGUUGGGACAAGUUGUGACAUGCAAUAAAGAUGCAGGUCUCAUAUGCAACAACAAACAACAAGGGCUUCAGCAGCAGUGUUUCGACUACGAGAUUAAAUUUAAAUGCUGCAGCUGUUCUCCUUCUACUGCAAUUACAACUACAACACUUUCAACUGCUAUAUCCACAACACCUUCUACCACAACUGAGACAACUACUCAAACUCAGACACCUACAUCUACUCAAACCAUUCCAACCCCUAACACAACUAAAAAAACAACUACAACUCAAACACCUGACACAACUACUCAACCGACUACACCCUCUACUACAACUGAAACAACUACAACUCUGACACCUAAAACAAGUGGUCCAUCUACUACACCCUCUACCACAACUGAGAUAACAAGUAAAUCUCAAUCGUCGACAACAACUACUACAGCCACUACAGCAUUUACUACAACUGAAAUAACAACCACUCAUGGGCCAGGUACAACGACUAUGUGCCCAGGGGGACAAGAUAUGACAUGUGGUUGGUCAGACUGGAUAAAUCUGGGCAAACCCACUCCAGGGCCUAAUGGUGGAGAAGAUGAAUCCAUCCGGAAUAUCAUUUCUGCUGGUUAUCAUGUUUGUUCAAAACCAGAAGAGGUCCAGUGCAGAGCUGUUGCUUACCCAGGUGUUCCCUUGUCACAGGUGGGACAAGCUGUGACAUGCAAUAGGGAUGUAGGUCUCAUAUGCAGCAACAAAGAACAAGGGCUUCAGCAGGAAUGUUUUGACUAUGAGAUUAAAUUUAAAUGCUGCAGCUGUCAAACACCUUCAACUCCAUCUACUGCAAAUCCAACUGCAACACCUUCAACUACAACAUCCCAACCACAUACUACCACAACUAUAACAACUACAACUCUGACACCUACAACAACUACUCCGACCACUACACCGUCUUCCACCACUGAGACAACUACAACAUGUCCUGGGGGACAUGAAAUGAUGUGUAGCUGGUCAGACUGGAUAAAUCUGGGCAAACCCACAGCAGGCCCUAAUGGUGGAGAAGAUGAAUCCAUCAAGAAUAUCAUCUCCGCUGGUUAUCGUGUAUGUUCAACACCGGAAGAAGUCCAGUGUCGAGCUGUUCCUUACCCAGGUGUUCCCUUGUCACAGUUGGGACAAGUUGUGACAUGCAAUAAACAUGCAGGUCUCAUAUGCAACAACAAACAACAAGGGCUUCAGCAGCAGUGUUUCGACUACGAGAUUAAAUUUAAAUGCUGCAGCUGUACUCCUUCUACUGCAAUUACAACUACAACACUUUCAACUGCUAUAUCCACAACACCUUCUACCACAACUGAGACAACAACUCAAACUCAGACACCUACAUCUACUCAAACCAUUCCAACCCCUAACACAACUAAAAAAACAACUACAACUCAAACACCUGACACAACUACUCAACCGACUACACCCUCUACUACAACUGAAACAACUACAACUCAGACACCUAAAACAAGUGGUCCAUCUACUACACCCUCUACCACAACUGAGAUAACAAGUAAAUCUCAAUCGUUGACAACAACUACUACAGCCACUACAGCAUUUACUACAACUGAAAUAACAACCACUCAUGGGCCAGGUACAACGACUAUGUGCCCAGGGGGACAAGAUAUGACAUGUGGUUGGUCAGACUGGAUAAAUCUUGGCAAACCCACUCCAGGGCCCAAUGGUGGAGAAGAUGAAUCCAUCCGGAAUAUCAUUUCUGCUGGUUAUCAUGUUUGUUCAAAACCAGAAGAGGUCCAGUGCAGAGCUGUUGCUUACCCAGGUGUUCCCUUGUCACAGCUGUCCAACACCUUCAACUCCAUCUACUGCAAAUCCAACUGCAACACCUUCAACUACAACAUCCCAACCACAUACUACCACAACUAUAACAACUACAACUCUGACACUUACAACAACUACUCCGACCACUACACCGAUGGUGAAAUUUGGAAAGCAGCCAAGUGUCGCACAGGAAAAUGUGAGAAUGGCAAGGUGACCUAUACGAAGGCACUCUGUCCAACUCAGAAGCCUUUAGUGUGCACAAACAACUUCCCUGCUAUUGAAGUGCUGGAUGAUGGUGAUGAAUGCUGCACCCACUAUGAGUGCCAGUGUAACUGCUACGGUUGGGGCGACCCACAUUAUGUUACCUUCGAUGGAACCUACUAUAAUUUUCAAGGCAACUGUUCCUACUGGCUGGUGAAAGAGAUCUUGCCCAAAUACAACUUCAGUGUUAUGAUAGAUAACUACUACUGUGGUGCAGCUGAUGGCUUAUCCUGUCCUCAGUCCAUCACUAUCUUCUACCAGAACUACAAGAUAUUUAUUACACAGAAGGAUAUCAAUGGCAAUUUCAAAAAUCUGGUUUCUGUGAAUGACAAGCCUGUAAACCCAGCAUACCAGAAUCAUCUUAGUGACUUCCGUGUCACCACCACUGGUAUUAAUACAGUGGUCAUCAUCCCAAGAAUCAAUGCCAAGAUUACCUUCUCAGGGCUUAUGUUCAGCAUCUACCUGCCCUAUAGUGAAUUUGGCGGCAACACCGAAGGACAGUGUGGUACAUGUGACAACAACCGGACAGAUGACUGUAUGUUGCCCAGUGGCACAGUUGAUCCUUCAUGCCCUCAUAUGGCACAUGAAUGGCAUACUAACAACAGCAACUGUGAACCUCCCUUCCACCCCACACCAGUCCCUACACCUAAUCCCUGCGAUUCAACUAUCUGUGAGAUCAUCAAGAGCAGUGUGUUUGAAAAGUGCCACACGGUCGUUGACUACAGUCCAUUUAUUGAGGCCUGCGAGUUUGACGUGUGCCACAUGCACAUUAAUCCCAUUGGCUGCAUCAGCUUGCAAACCUAUGCUGACGCCUGUGCUGAGUCUGGAGUGUGUAUCGAUUGGAGGAGUGCCACCAAAGGAGUCUGUGAAUAUACAUGUCCAAGUCCCAAAGUGUACAAGGCCUGUGGCCCUCUAGUGGAGCCUACCUGUGAUUCUUGGUACAACCAGAAGUUCAUCAUUGACGUCAACGAAUUCAGUAGAAUGACAGAUAUAAGCCUGGAGGGUUGCUUCUGCCCAGAAGGCACCACCCUUAUCUCUUCCAACUCAGUUGAAUGUGUGCCCAACUGUGAAAUUUGUCGACUUGCAAAUGGAAAAUGGACAACGGCCAAUACAACAUGGAUAGAAGGCUGUGACGAGUGUACAUGUGAAGAGGACACUCUGCAGGUCAUCUGUCGUAGUGUGUCCUGUCCAUCACAGCCGCCACUCAGCUGUGACCAAGAAGGUCAGGUCAAAGUCACUGACAUUAAUGACUGCUGUCAAAAGGAGAAAUGUGAGUGCGAUGUGAAGCAAUGCCCUGGUGUGCCAUCCUGUCCUCCUGGUUACAAUGUAAUCACCACCGUGGGAGUCUGCUGUCACAAAUACUCCUGUGUGCUUAAGGAUGUGUGUGUUUUCAACAACCAUGAGUAUCAGGUUGGAGACGUGGUGCCCAAAAAGCCAUGUGAGAAAUGCAUUUGUAGUAAGAACAGAGAUGGCAGCAGCGGUUUGCACAUAAUCGAAUGCAAACCUACACAAUGUGACAAACACUGCCCUCUGGGUUAUGAGUACCAGACUGUCCCUGGCCAGUGCUGUGGGAACUGUGUCCAAACAAGCUGUAUUGUCACACUAUCAAACAACUCAACACACACAUUACAGCCUGGUGCCAUUUGGACUCCCACUGGAAACCCCUGUGUGAAGUAUGAGUGUAUGAAGAUCGAUAAACAGUUCAUCACAGUUGAUAUGAAGACCAUCUGUCCUACCUAUGACCCCAGUGAAUGUGUACCGGGAACAGAGAUCAUAGCUCCAGAUGGGUGCUGCAAAUUCUGUACUCCGAAGCCUCACUCAUGCAGUGUGUCUACCACUGCUGUGUACCUGGAGACCCAGGGCUGCCGCUCCAAAGACAUGAUCAAUGUCACAUCCUGUAAUGGAGCCUGUGGUACCUACACAUUCUACUCUACCAUAAUGAGAUCCUUGCAGCACACCUGCUCCUGCUGCCAGGAGUUGUCCACAUCUGAACGCCAGAUUCAGCUCUCCUGCCCAGACAACACAGACAUCACCUACACAUACACACACAUCAAUGCCUGUGGGUGUCUCAAGACAGAGUGCGCUGUGCUCGGCCACAGUGAAAUGGUGACAACUCCCUCUAGUCUUAAGUCUCGUCAACGCAGGAGAUUACGCAAAAUCCAAAACUAG